AUGCGGCAGGUCGGCGCGUGCGCGUGCGUGGUGGGAGCAGUGUGCGCCAGAAGUAAGCGUGCUAGGAACGUGGGGACGGGGCGCGCGGGCGCGGCCAGGACCACGGACGCGGAUGGGGGGAACGGGCGUGCGAGCCUGUUCGACCGCUGUCUGUCCAACAUUCAACGCCCGAUGAUCAGCCCCUCGAGGUCCAAGCUUCAGGGGGAGGGGAGGAUGGAGUUGAAGCGUGGCGGCCGUGGUGGGGUCCAUCGUGCUGCCGAUGGACACCCCGCUUCCUCGCGCGUUCCGGGUCGCGAGUGCUUGUGCAGAGCGUGGCCCUGUGAUUGCCUAGGCACCGCGCGCGCGAAACGUGCGUAUUUGCAUGCGUACAUACGCGCAUACACGGAGGCGCGAUACGGAACGGGGAUGGCGUGUCUCGUUCGAAUCUUCGGCGCGAUCGCGCGCGCGGGCUGCGAUGGGUGGCCGGGGAGAAGGGCGCUGCGGAGAGGGGGAGGUAGAGGGGCAAUGAACGAAGAGCGAAGAGCAGGCCUGGUCGAGCCUGGGGAUGGCCGCGCCCGCGGGAGAGCGCGAAGGCGAGAACGCACGGGCGGGGCCUCUUCGAAGGAAGGAAAGGAAGGAAGGAGAGAAGGCUGGAGAGAAGCCGGCGGGCGCGGUGCCACUGGCUUCGCGAUCAGACGCUGGCGGGUGUCGCGAGCGUCGUCGGAAGCGGGGGGGUUCGUGGGCGGCGUGAGCGUGGCGCGGCGGGCGACAAAAGAAAAGAAAGGAGAUGUGGACCGGGGAAAGGCGCAGGCGCAGAUCUCACAUGUGGCGAGGGAAGAUCCAGCGGCCGUUCGGGGGCACAGGUUCAUUUCGGGGCGGGCGCGUACCAGAUACAUCAUUGAUGCUUCGAAGAAAGCGCAGCUGAGCAAGAUAAUAAGCGCAGACGAGGAUCGCACGGACCACUUGCUUGUACUCGAAGCUCGGCAGCCGACCGCAGGCGCGCGCGCCUCGAGUCGAAGCCCGAAGCCUGCAAAUUUUAAAAGCCUCGACUUCGGACGAUGCACUGGAGCUCGGAGGGCGAGGACCGAAGCGGCUGAGGCGGAGUGCAGUGGGAGUGUAUCGCUGAUGCAAGCAGACGCCCACAAAGAGCACGUGCCACGAUCCAUGUGCGACGGGCUUGCUUCGGCGAGGAUCGCGUCUGGCUGUCUGCAAGAGAAGAAAGAAGGGAAGCGAGAGACGAUUGACAGCCGGAAUCGGUCCCCCAAGCGCAUCUGCCCAUCUCCAACGCGAUCUGGCCACAAACAGCCCACCGCGAGUCCGCGUCUCCCGAUGGGGGCCCCGGCCAGCGACCAAAUCACGCCGCAUCGACCGAUAUGCCAGCAGAUGCCAGCACACCCGCCAACACCCUCCAUCGCCAUGCCACGCCGUGGGAUGAUGAUGUCGAUGCGUACCGAGAGAGCCGUCACACCAUGUGACACCCAGAUGCGAACAACAAUCCGAUGGGACGAGACGCUGCUUGUCGUGGGGCGCGGGGCUGACAUCCAGCGAGCGUCGGACGAGGAAGCGCGCAGAGACGCUCAGCUGCAUGUCACCAACAACUACCGACACAACGCCCGGAUGAACACUUUUUGCAGUCGAGCGCACACCCUUCACACGCGAACGCUUGGUACUGCGAUAACUUGGACGUUCCUCUCUGGCCGUGCAUCGGACGAUACGCUGCACGGCGCGCAAGUCAAUGGGCCACGUUCGUUACAACAGAAAGCUGGCCCCUACGUCACCUCGUUUGACGCACUCCAAACGGGCCUGUUCUGA